AUGAAUAGAACUCUCUUAGAGAGGGCUAGAUGUAUGCUCUCACAAGAAAAUUUGGGGAAAUAUUUUUGGGAGGAAGUCGUUGCAACGGCUUGUUAUUUGGUGAAUCGCUCUCCUCACUCGGCUCUUGACUUCAAGUCACCUCUUGAGGUAUGGUACGGAAAACCCGUUGAUUAUUCUAGUUUGAGAGUAUUUGGUUGUCCGACUUACAUUCAUGUUAGUGAUGGUAAACUUGAACCUAGAGCUAAAAAAUGUAUUUUUGUUGGCUAUGGUAUAGGAGUCAAGGGUUAUAGAGUAUGGUGUAACCAAUCUAGAAGAGUCAUAACUUCUAGAGAUAUUGUUUUUGAUGAAAAUUGUAUGAUCACUCAGGGAAAGGAGCUUUCUAUUUGCAAUGAUGUAGGUUCACACCAUGAUACCGAGGAGGAGGUGGAGCUAGAUGAGCAUUCACAUUAG